AUCCAAGGCACGGCCAUGACUGUGGCUGCUGUAAGGUGCGAGGAGAUGAGGUGCUGGUGGUCGGGAGUGGAGAGUGUGCGCGCGGGCCACCCUCCACGUUGGGCCGCGCGCCGCGCGCGGCUCCGCCCGAAGAUCACACGAGCCGCAACCGCCACCGCUCCUUCCUGUGCCUCUCCAACCACGCGCUCCGCCUCGCCUCCUUUGCCUUCUCCAGCUCCCUUCUUUCUCACUUCUCUCGGCCUCUGCCGCCUCUCGCAUGUCGCUCACGUCACUCUUCCCGCGCGGAUCGCGCUCGCCGUCACCCACGCCCUCGCCGCCCGCCUCGCCCUCAGCCGAGGCCGCUCCCGUCGUGCCGCCACCACGCGACGGCGGCGACGAUCCGAACGACCUAGGCGGCUGCGCUGCGCGUGUCCGCUACUUCGCUUCAGGCGCAGCGCCGCACGUCGAGUACGCAGCUGAGGCUGAGGCGUUCGCUGGGCCGAGCCGGCGCGGGGCCCCGCAGUCGGGCGACGAGGCCCGGAUAGCGACAGAUGCCGGGGCAGCAGGCGGCGCACACGGCGCACACUACGACGUCGUGCUGGAUCUCGACGUUCGGAAUGGCUGUGGUGGGCGGAUCUGGCCCUCAGCCCGCGUGCUAGGCCAGUUUCUUGCUGGCCCGGCGUCGCCCAUCCGCGCCGGCGAGGGCAGCGCGUGGGGCCGCGGCAAGCAUGUCAUUGAGCUGGGCUCGGGCACGGGACUGCUGGGCUUCCUCGCGGCCAAGCUGGCACCGGAGGCGACGGUGUAUGUUACGGAUCAAGACGUGAUGCUCUCGCUGCUCCAUCAAAAUCACAAGCUCGACGCUGCAGCAUUGCCAAACGUCGUGGUGGCCGAGUGCGACUGGGGCGUGCCAAUAGCCGCGCCGCUACCGCAGAAGGCCGACGUGCUCUUGCUUGCCGACUGCGUCUAUCUCGAGACUGCCUUUGCGCCGCUCAUCGAGACGAUGCGCGGGCUUAGCCGGCCCGACACCGAGAUCUGGUUCAGCUACCAGCAAAGGCGGAAGGCAGACAAACGCUUCUUCCUGCAGCUCAAGAAGCACUUCACGUGGGAGGAAGCGCUCGAGCCGGCACAGGCGCGAGAGGUGUCGCCCGCACGCCUGUUCAAGAUGCGUCUACGCGAUGCGGGCAAGCAAUAGCACAUCUUGCUUUGUCGUCCU